CAUUCACUUAGCGAAAGGGUAACCUUGUGUUUUACGUGAAAAAAUGUUAGCUAAGUGUGAAUAUUUAGCUAGCUAAAGUUGCGUUUUGAAUACGAAACACUCUUGAGUUUUGCGUUUACGACACUACUCGUGUGUUAACGUACCGUAAAGCAUUUCGGUGCGACCUGCCAGUGGAAAGCGACAGAAGGCCCUGUAAGCUUAUAAAUUUAUAGACGAUGAAAGCAGGCGUAUUGGGGCUCCUUUUCAUUUUAUAGGCCGCGUUUUCGUCUUCCUCACGAUGAUUAUAGAAAAUGUGGACGCCCUCAAGUCGUGGCUGGCAAAACUCCUGGAGCCAAUAUGUGAUGCGGACCCCUCUGCGUUAGCCAAUUAUGUUGUAGCUCUGGUGAAGAAGGACAAACCGGAGAAGGAGCUCAAAGCACUAUGUGCCGAUCAGCUCGACGUCUUCCUACAAAAAGAAACUGUAGGCUUUGUGGAUAAACUUUUUGAAUGUCUGACGAGCAAGAAUUACCAGGGGAACCCUGUUGCUAAGGAAGUUCCAAAAGAAGUAGUCAACCUUCCUCCACUCAAAUCCGAUGCGGUUGAGGUUGAGGCUCAAGAGGAGGAGAGAGAAAACAGGCGGAGAAGAAGUCCUUUGCGGAACCGGUCUGACUUCAACGAAUCCAGAAGUCGCGACGACAGAAGGCGGGACGAGCGCAAGAGGCGAGACUUUGAUCGGCACGGCAAGAGCAGUAGCGGCGAGUCCUACCGCGAGCGGGAGCGUCACGAGCGGCGCAGGGGGAGCUCCCGCGGGAGGAGCAACAGCCGAAGCCGGAGCAGGAGCGGCAGCCGUGGGAAAAGCAGGGGAAGAGACUUUAAGUCAAAGUUCGAGGGGGAGAGGAAAGACACAGACGGCUAUAACUCGUCCACCACGGGCAGGCCCCAGCAUCCUCCGCUCCGAACAUCGCCGUUACUGCCCACUCCCUUGCAUCCACUCUCAUCCGCCGCCGGCGGACCGGGAACCGGCGGGGUACCCUUGGCGACGCACGCGCCCAUGCCCGACGGCACCACAGACAGCUGGUCGGGCUACUACGGCAAACAGAGGCAAGACGGCGUCGGCAAGGCGUUCAGCAAUAAGAACCCUUCACGCAAGCAGCGCUGCAGGGAUUAUGACGAAAAAGGAUUUUGCGUCCGCGGCGACCUCUGCCCGUUUGAUCACGGCAACGACCCGCUCAUCGUAGAUGAUGUCAAUCUUCCCAACAUUAUUCCUUUCCCACCGCCACCCGUGAUACCCCCCGGCGGCCUACCCAUGCCGCCGCUCAUCACCGAGCCGCCACCCUCACUCAGGAUACCGCCGCCGCCGAUGCCACCUUACGGCCAGCCGCCGCCACCUGGUGUCUUCUCCUUGACUGGACCUCCUCCACUGAUCGCAACCAGUGGAAUGGAGACCCCCAAGCACCAGUCGGCGAUCACGUCGUCGCCUCCCGGCGGACCGCCCGGUGUGAGGUUGCCUCCUCCUCUUCCUCUUCCUCCUCCGCCUCCUCCUUCCUCCUCGUCGGUGUCGCUCCGUCCACAAUAUGUCCAGUCGGAAUAUAAUUACGACCAAGAAGGCUAUAACCCAGAAUCGCCGGGGCUGACCGGAGCCGGUCGUAACCAGUACCGCCAAUUCAUCCCCCGAGUGCAGACGCAGCGUCCCAACCUCAUCGGCCUCACAUCCAGUGAUGGACAAGUAUCCAGACCUGCCAACAUAGUCAUCCAGACGGAGCCUGUGGUGCCAGCAAGCACACCUGGAAGCAACGUGUCCUGUUUUAACUCAGAGCAGCACAACAGAAAGCGACCGAUGGGUUGUAUGAUCAUUGACGGACCCGUGGCUAAAAAACCAUGGAUGCAAAAGCCCAACUUCAACAACAAAGGUGGCUUCCCAAAGAGGAACUUCCACGUGAACACCAAGCUGGAAGUGCGCAAUAUCCCACCCGAGCUCAACACCAUCACGAAGCUCAAUGAGCACUUCAGCAAGUUCGGAACGAUUGUCAACAUUCAGGUGGUGUUUGGCGGCGACCCAGAGGUGGCGUUGAUCCAGUUCACAAGCAACGAAGAAGCCUGUCGGGCCAUGUACUGCGCUGAGGCGGUGCUCAAUAACCGCUUCAUUAACAUGCGCUGGCAUCGCAAGUCCAACAUACCGGGGAUUCACCAAUUAGAUCAGGGCAUGGGGAGCCAAGUGGCCGGAGCGACUCCUAACCUCGUUCCGCAGGCGGUCAAGCAGCACAGUCCUGCCGCUUAUGUGCUGAACAAGCAUCGGUCGCCAGCGCCAGUCGGCAUCCCAACUGCAAGCACGCCUGACAGCUUGAACCCCAUUGCAGAAGCAGUCAAUGUGGCACCGGCUCUGACAAACACCCACAAGGUCCCCUACUCGUCCACGCCACUCAAAACAUCCUCCAAGUGCCUUGGGAAAACUGCAAAAGCGCUGGAAGCGCAAGAAGCCUUGAAGAAGAAGCAGGAGGCGUUAAAACUUCAGCAUGACUUGAGGAAGAAAAAGCAAGAAAUGUUAAAGGAACAGAUUGAGUUUCAGAAGACGCUGAUCAACCGUCUGGAGAAGAACCGGGGGAUGAAACCAGAGGAAAGGGCCGACAUCAUGAAAACAUUGAAGGAGCUGACUGAAAAGAUUGCUCAGCUUCAGAACGAAAUGAUUCCAGCCUCACAGGUCUCCAAAGUUAAUCACAACCAGCCUAAGACGAAGAGCGACGCCCAGAAAGAGUUGCUAGAUGCCGAGUUAGAUUUCCACAAGAAGAUGAGCUCUGGAGAAGACACCACAGAUCUCAAAAGGAAACUAGGACAGCUACAAAAGGAGGCAACACAACUGGGCAUCCUCCGAUCCCCGACGUGUCGAGGCCGCGGCCGAGGGAAGGCGGCCCUGGAAACGGGUGGCGUUCGCACUAGAGGCCGUGGGGGAUCCGUCAACCGCAUGGUGGUGGACCACAGGCCAAGAGCCCUUUCUAUUGUCGGCGUCACUCAGGAGGAGAAGGAGGAACUCACAUCACACUUUGUGAAAUUUGGUGAUCUGGAAGAUCUCCGUGACCAGGACGCCACCAGCGUCAUUAUGACCUUCAAGACUCGGAGUGAAGCAGAGAAUGCAGCCAACCAGGGAGCCAAGUUCAAAGGUCGCGUGUUGCAGAUUUCCUGGUACAAGCCCAAGACGCCCUCUGUUACCACGGAGCCCGAGGAGGAGGAGUCCAAAGAUGACGAUAACACGCAGAAAGAAGGUCGGUCCUAUCUGCCGGGCGAGGAGGAAGAAGAAGAAGAGGACGACGAUGAAGAUGACAAGUACGAAAGCCGAUCUUGGAGACGGUGAAGCCGUCCGUCCUUCCCGACAGAGACGACAAUAUCCCUUCGCUCCCAGUAUUUUCAACAGUCAUUUUAAGACUCAAAGAAGUGCAAAGUUUUGCUUUUUCGACCGGUCCCUCAACUCAACAAAGAUGAAGGUGCAAUUCUUCAAAAUAGUUUUGAAGUUUGCUUACUUGACUGUCAGUAAUGCACAACAUUUGCGUAAACUGUGAAAAGCUAUUUUUAUACAUUACUGUAUUUAAGAUCGUUUCUUCCUUUUUUUUCGGGAGGGGCGGGGUGAGCUCUCGAUUCAAAGACCGCAAGCAAAUUUAUUCUUUCGCUUCCGGAUGGCUCCGACGCCCUCAUUCAAGUCAUUGUUGCAGCGUCACCUGCACUUCUCUGAGGUGCAUUACAGGGAAAGGAUUUGCUAAAUGAUCCACAAGUCAUCAGAAAAUAUCUUAUUUUCCUUAAUUCAUAGGAUAAAAAUACUUUUCCACCACUCACCAAUUGGAGAACAAUGAGAAAUUCCUUGUGAUCAUUUACUGUAAAUAUAUUGAUCACAUUUCACGUUGCUUCUCAAACAAAAACUCGGUUGUUCAUGAAUAUCCAUAGACAGAUGUUUGAAUGUAAAAAAAUAACAAUUUGAUUUUAAGAACUAAAUAGUCAUAAAUAUGUAUAGAGAGAGAGAAAGAGAGAGAUCAAUAGACUUUCUUUGCCUUAUACUCACCAGCCCCUUGGUGAAAGUUUUUUUUUAAAAGCAAGAUUUCUUGACUUCUUUUUAUGUAUAAUAUGUAAAUUUGCAUAACAAGUUGCUAUUCACUUUUUCCUUUUACUGUUAUAUUUUCUGUCGUUUUAACAUGGAAGAAUUCUGUCCACAUUCAAAAAAAAAUCCAUGAUUUCUUCCUUUAUACUGUAUCAGAAUUCAAUGGUAGUUGACCUGAUAAUGUUUACACGCACCUUGAUUUGGAAUGACUCAGUUGCAUUUUUUUUUUCUUGGUAGUGAAACUCUAAAACCAAAAGAAUAUUUAUUGUUUUCAUGCAUGUAAAUACAUUCACUGUGUCCUUCGGAGUUAUCCACGCAUCUUGAUUACAUUUCUAAUAAGUUCCCUGUUGGUUUUAAAAAGGAAAGUGAACUGGGUUCUUGUAUAUUCAGAGGAGUUUACUCUCUAUCCUGUUUUUUUGUACUUGAGUGUGUGCGGUAGUACACCGUAGUGUAAAAAAAAGUAAGUUUAUCAGAUAAUAGUUUUGGGAUUUGUUACUGUUUAUAUUUGCAGGAUGUGGAUGAUGAUGUAUUUUCUUCAUGUCCUUUUGUUUGUAAAAAUACGGAUUUCUAAUUUACGAGCAUGUCUGCUUUACCAAUAAAGACAAAGGAAUGAGCUGCUUGGGGGAGAAAAAAAAAAAGAAAAGAAUACAAUUUAAAUAUUUGGCCCAAAAAAAAAUAAAAAUAAAGGAUGAAAACAUUUGAAAAAUUUGAAGGGGGGAAAAAAG